GAGUUACCUUUUUAUUCUGUCAAUGACUUGUGCGUAUAGGACUUCAGAAUAUCUGCUUUCCUUGGCCUGAAAUGUUCUCCCUGAUAGGAACUUAACCUCAGUCAUUCUUGCCCAAGAGGUGUGAUGGGGGUCAGGCAGGUGUAUGCACACAACACAGAACAGAGGACUGCAGUGGAGAGGUUCCCUGUGGUGCUUUAGAGGGUGCUUUGGUCAGGACGAUCUGACUUGUAAGGUGGAAUCGAGCACUAGACUUCGUCGGUCUUUAACCACAGGCCUGACUUCCAGAGCAAAAUAAGAACAGAGAAGUUUUGAGGGUUUGGGCCAGCGAAUGACAAAGUUACCAGCUUUGUGAUGCUCUUAAAAGUGGGGCUUGAACAAAGGUCUUUUCAUCAAAGGCAGGGACUUUUUUUCCAGGAAGCAAUAAGUAGAGAUUUAUUGUAUUAUCCCCAUCUUGUUGGCGGUCUGGACAGCCUCCAUUUGUUUUCCUGGGUUUCACUUGCCUCUCUGUCUUAACUGUAGGAAGCAACGUAGUUUGACGUUGUGUGUGAGUUCUGGGUCUAGAGCAGAGUUUCGCAGACGUUUUCCGUGAAAGGUCACGUAUUAAAUAGUUCAUGUUUUGCGGGCUACAGGUUGCAUGUUCUCCAUGUUAAUUUUUAAAAUGGUUUGAGAUUUGCAGAAAAAUUGCAAAGAUAGUAUGAGAAUGCCCAGGUCUCCCCCACCAUUAACAACGUACGUUAGGGUGGGAUAUUAAUUCACAGUUGAUGAGCCAGGUUUGAUAUGUUAUCAUUAACUGAAAUCUGUGCUUUAUUCAGAUUUCCUUAGUUUUUACGUAAUGUUCUUCAUCUGUUCCAGGAUGCCAUCCAGGAGAUCCCAUUACAUUUCACUGUCAUGUGCCCUUAAGCUCCUCUUGGCUGAGACAGUUUCUCAGACUUCCCUUGUUUCUGAUGACCUUGACGGUUUUGAGAGGUACAGGUACUUGGUAGGAUGCCCCUCUCUCGGAACCUGAUGCUUUUCUCAUGAUUGGACUGGGUGUAUGGUUUUGGGGGUGGAAGAUCACAUUGCUUUCAUCUUGUCAUGGCAAGAAUACAUCACGAUUUACGAUGGCUGAGUUUGAACCUGAUCAUCUGGUUGAGGUAGUUUGUCAGUUUUCUCCACUGUGAAGUUGUUCCUUUGUUUCCAAAGACCGUAUCUCCCUAAGUGACAGCCUUGUGUUUCAGGACCCAGUUACUGGAUCCCAGUGACUCUGACCCUGCCUCAGUGGUCAGGUCUUUCUCUCUUAUCACCCCCUCACUUAUUGUAAGGACCCUUGCAUUACGUUGGGCCCACCUGGCAAAAUUCAGGGUACCUCCCUGUGUUGAGGUCAGGUGAGGAGCAACUCCCAAGUCCACCUGGGCCCUAGCUCCCCUCUGCUCUGUAAUGUAACAUAUUCACGGGCUCCAGGGCAAGAAUGUGGAUGGACAUCUUGGGGAGACCGUUUUCCUGCCUGUCACAGGCCUGUCCACCCAGUGUUCCCCUGAUGACUGCAAUAUACCCACUCCCCCAUGACUAUGGUCUUUCUCUUUGUUGAUUUUUUUUUUUAAUUUGGGACUCUUAUGUUUCUUAUCAUGGGAUUAAUUCAGGCCUGCCGCAAAAGCUUCAGUUCCCUAAGGAGCCCGUAAAGAAGAAACUCGAAAUUACCCAUAACUGUACCAUCCAGAGCUAAUUGCUGUUGAUUUUUUGAAACCCCAAGAGGACUGAUCAGUUCUUGAUUCUAAAACUAUGGCCCACGGUCUGGUGACGUUCUCAGAUGUAGCCAUCGACUUCUCGCAGGAGGAGUGGGCGUGCCUGGACUCCUCGCAGAGGGACCUGUACUGGGACGUGAUGCUGGAGAACUACAGCAACCUGGUGUCCCUGGAUUUGGAGUCACCAUAUGGGACCAAGAGUUUACCUACAGAAAAGGGCAUUUACGAAAUAAAUUUAUCCAGAUGGAACUCAAAUGGAAAAAGUAAAUCCCUGGGCCUUAACUGGAUGUGUGAAGGUGAGUUUGAAAGAUCACAGGGCCCUCAGCAGGGCUGUUUGAAUCAAGUGAUAACCAACCAUGAGAAAACGCCCACUUGUAGAGAAAAUACCUCUGGUAGACCACACCAGAGACCUCAUGCUAGGGAGAAUUCCUAUGAAUGUAAGGAAUGCGGGAAGGCCUUUAGUCGUGGCUACCAGCUCACUCAGCAUCAGAAAAUUCACACGGGGGAGAAACCCUACGAAUGUAAAGAAUGCAAAAAGGCCUUUCGUUGGGGCAAUCAACUCACGCAACACCAGAAAAUCCACACAGGGGAGAAACCCUACGAAUGUAAGGACUGCGGGAAGGCCUUCCGCUGGGGCUCGAGCCUGGUCAUUCAUAAGAGGAUCCACACGGGCGAGAAGCCCUAUGAGUGUAAGGACUGCGGGAAGGCCUUUAGACGUGGUGACGAGCUCACCCAGCAUCAGAGGUUUCACACGGGGGAGAAGGACUAUGAGUGCAAAGACUGCGGGAAGACCUUCAGCCGUGUGUAUAAACUGAUCCAGCACAAGCGAAUUCACAGCGGCGAGAAGCCCUACGAGUGUAAGGACUGUGGGAAGGCCUUCAUCUGCGGCUCGAGCCUCGUCCAGCACAAGAGGAUCCACACUGGCGAGAAGCCCUACGAGUGCCAGGAGUGCGGGAAGGCCUUCACGCGAGUCAACUACCUCACUCAGCAUCAGAAGAUCCACACCGGUGAGAAACCACACGAGUGCAAGGAAUGCGGGAAGGCCUUCCGCUGGGGCUCGAGCCUCGUGAAGCACGAGAGGAUCCACACGGGCGAGAAGCCUUACAAGUGCACAGAAUGUGGGAAGGCCUUUAACUGUGGCUACCACCUCACGCAGCACGAGCGGAUCCACACGGGCGAGACGCCUUACAAAUGUAGGGAGUGCGGGAAGGCCUUCAUCUACGGGUCGAGCCUUGUGAAACAUGAGAGGAUUCACACAGGGGAGAAGCCCUACGAAUGUAAAGAGUGCGGGAAGGCCUUCAGUCACGGCCAUCAGCUUACGCAGCAUCAGAAGAUUCACACGGGUGAGAAGCCCUUUGAAGGUAAGGAGUGUGGGAAGGGGUGUCACCAUGUGAACCAUCUUCGAGAACAUGAGAGAAUUCACACUGCUGGAAGACCUCUUGAACACAAAGAACAUGCAGAAACUUCCAUCCCACAUUCCUUCCUUCCACAACACAAGGAAAACCCAUGAUACGAUUUAACACGAGAAAGCCUUCACCAGACACCCUUCUGCUCACAGGACCUCAGAGGAGUCUUGCUUGAGGCAGAUUUGAAGAAUGGAGAAAUCACUUUUUGUUAGUGAUCACCGUUUACCCUGUGUAGACUUUUUUUUUUUUUUUUUUUUUUUUUUUUUUUUUUUUACUGAAUUGGUUAGUGCAGUGAGUGGAUAGAAGCCUCCUAGUACCACUCGAUGUCUGUCUCAUUUCAGACUUGUUCUGGGGAAUAACUCUGCCAAUGUAACAUAUGCGGGAGAGCCUCCCGCCAUGGUACACUCCCUCCCCAUUAUCGUCACCAUCCCACCGCUUUACUCCCUGUGAUUCACUGGGGAAGUGACCUGGUACCCCCUGUGCGUUAUGUGUGGAAUGGGGAUAAUUACACCUAAUCCUGCUGUUGUGGUGACUGCGUCUGGUACUUGUAAACUCUUUGAAAGUGUAUCUGGAAUAUCACAUAAGCUCAAUAAAUAUUAGCUGUUGUUGUUCUUACCAUCAUUAC